AUGAGAGGAGCAGACAUUGGCAGCGAUCACGAACUCCUCAAAUGCAAAUUAAGAAUCAAACUUAAAAGACAUAAAAUAGUAAUGGAUGCUACAAGGAAGAGAUUUGAUACCACCAAACUGCAACGUCCAGAAGUAAAAAAAGCAUUUUCAAUCGAGCUUAAGAACAGGUUCCAACUCUUAGACGAACUAGAGGACAUAGAAACAUUCUGGGAAGGAGUAACAAAAUGCUAUAAAGAAACAGCAACUAAAACCUUAGGUUUCAAAGAACGUGGGCAUAAGCCCUGGAUCACCAAUGAGUCAUGGAAACUUGUAGACGAGAGAAGACAACUAAAGGAAAGAACAAACAACAGUAGAUCAGAAAGAGUCAAGAACAGUUUAAAUGCCAAGUAUAGCGACAAAGACAAGGAGGUAAAGAAAAGUAUGAGAAAUGACAAAAGGCAAUGGACAGACAACUUAAUUGAAGAAGCAGAAAAAGCAGCAAGCCAUGGUAUGAUGAAAACAGUAUAUGAGGUUACUAGAACAAUUUGCAAUGAAAAACAGAAACCACCUCAAGUCAUCAAAGACAAGUCUGGAAAUUUAUUAUCAACCCAUGAAGAAAAACUUAAAAGAUGGAAAGAACACUUUCAAGAAGUCUUGAAUAGGCCUGAACCAGAAAUAGCACUUAACAUCAAUUUAGACUAUGAAAAAAAAACUCUACAAUAUGAUAUUGUAAACGAAAUACCAAAGGAGUGGAAUAAAAGUCUAAUUGUUAAAAUUGUAAAGAAAGGAGACCGGACAUGUUGCGACAACUACAGAGGCAUAACACUACUCUCUGUGCCAAGUAAGGUAUUCACUAAGAUAAUCAUCCAAAGAAUACAAGAAGGUAUAGAUGAAGAGCUAAGACAAGAGCAACCUGGCUUCAGAAGGGGAAAAAGCACCACUGAACAACUAUUUGCUUUAAGAAACAUCAUAGAACAAUGUUCUGAAUGGAAUGCUCCUUUAUACAUCAACUUUGUAGACUUUGAAAAGGCGUUUGAUUCCAUACACCGGGAAAGCUUAUGGUCCAUCUUAAAAGCUUAUCACAUCCCAGCCAAACUCAUCACAGUAAUAAAACUCUUUUACGAUUCAUUUGAGUGUGCAGUACUAGAUGAAGGAGUACAAUCAGAUUGGUUCAAAGUAAAAACAGGAGUAAAACAAGGAUGCGUGAUGUCUGGCUUCUUAUUUCUGAUAGCCAUUGACUAUGUCAUGAAGCAAACAAUAAAAGACCAUGAAACAGGAAUUAGAUGGAAAUUUACCACCAAACUAGAGGACCUUGAUUUUGCGGAUGACCUAGCAUUACUAUCUUCCAAAUUCCAACAUAUACAGUUAAAAACAAGUAAACUUCAAGAAAAUGCCAGCAAAAUAGGAUUAAAGAUAAACGCAUCCAAAACAAAAGUAAUGCGGAUGAAUACCACGAAUAACAACCCGGUGAAAUUAAAUGAGAAAGACUUAGAGGAUGUCGACACCUUCACUUACCUAGGGGGAAUAGUUACAACAAAAGGUGGCUGUGACAAUGAUAUGGACAACAGGUUCAAGAAAGCUAAAGGCCAAUUCAGCAGGUUAAGAAAAAUAUGGAGAUCAUCGGUACUGUCUUUUAAAACAAAGGUCAGACUAUUUAACAGCUUAGUCAUAUCAGUCCUACUGUAUGGAUGCGAAACCUGGAAAACAACUGAACAAGACAAAAAGAAAUUUAACACCUUUCAAAAUAGAUGUCUCAGACAGAUAUUGAAAAUAAGAUGGCUCAAUACAAUUUCAAAUGAAAACCUCCACAUAAGAGCUGGAACAAAGAAGCUAAGCGAUGAUGUUAUAGAACGGCGUUGGAGAUGGAUUGGCCAUGUACUUAGGAUGGAUGCCAACAGUAUAUGUUCAGUUGCACUGACAUGGAAACCAGAGGGAAAAAGGAAAGUUGGACGUCCCAAAACCAGCUGGAGACGGACUGUAGAGACAGAACGAACAUCACUUGGAUGGAACAGCUGGGCUUCAGCAAGAACAGUAGCUAAAGACCGUGUGAGAUGGAAACAAUGUAUCAGGGCCUUAAAUGCCGACCGGCAUGAAGAGGAUAGAAGCGAUUUGGGUGUAUCAACAGAUCUGGGAUGGAACAAGUACACGAAAAACGCCUCUAUUGACGAGUAUCCUUCAUUGGAUGUUGGAAUGAGCAUCACUGAGGAAACAGUACAGAUGUCGAAACAUGCAUCUAGUGCAUUAAACAAUUGGCACUGUUAA